UCUGGAGCAGACACGUCAGACAGGACAGGUAGAGCAGCGAGGGACAGAGCAGGUAGACUCAGACUCACACGCAGGACAGCGAACGGCAGCAGCCGUUCAGGCAGAGGCGCUAACACCGCAGAGCCCGUCGAGUUUUCCCGCGGCCGGGACGGGUGGAAACCACACGGGACAGCAGCACUGGGGACGCGCGCGGGAUAGCCCGAGACAGGUGUCACCGUGUUCCCCCAGCCGCUAAGGAAAGCAACUUCGCCACUCCACAGGUCUGGGUCAUGGGUUUCCCCCUGUGAGACCACAGGGAGCGCCUGCAGCAUUCAAACCCGCACGGACCUUUUCUAAGGCAUCCCCUGUCCGUUCUGAGACAGGAGGAGAAGACAAAAAAAAUCUGAGGGUUUUCCCAAAAGCAAUCACACACCUCAACCCUUCGCCUCGCCCUGUCCCAGACCCACGUCCGGCACCAUGAGCGCCGCGAGAGAGCGCAAGCCGAAGAAGCCCCACUACAUUCCGCGGCCACAGGGCAAGCCCUUCAAGUACCAGUGCUUCCAGUGCCCCUUCACCUGCAACGAGAAGUCCCACCUCUUCAACCACAUGAAGUACGACCUGUGCAAGAACUCCAUCUCCCUGGUGUCCAAGCAGGUGAAACCCCCCGCCCUGGACCCCGCCCCCGUCCGCAUCUCCGCGGAGACCAAGAGCGCCACGCCCCCGCCUCAGCCAGCGGCCGUGACCGCGUCAACGGUGGCGACCUCCCCUCCGACUGCGCCCCUCCCCAGGGAAGAGGGCGUGGCCUUGGGGCCCGGGGCGGCGCCAGAACGAAAGGGUGGAGACGAGGAGCGGGCACGGGUCCUGCUGGGCCCUGCGGGGGGAGAACAGGGCCCCCUGGAGCCCAAGGCCCGGCUGAACGGCGAGGACGCGGGCGAGAGGCGGCCGCCGCAGCCGGAGGCUCUGACCCGCCCCUCGGCGUUCUCCCCCAUCGCCCGCCGCGAGGCUGACAAAGACGCCGCCGCGGCUCCCGCACCGCAAAAAUCAGAGCGCUUCCCCUCCCCCUCUUCCGCCUUCUACCACCCCGCCCCCACCUGGAGGCCCGCCCAGGCCUUCGUGGCUCCUCCCCCAGCAGCCGCCACCGGCCCACCCCCGCCACCCAGCUUCCAGCACAAGCUCCACCCCUCCCAGGAGAAGAAGGCUGCCCCGCCCCACCCUGCUGGGGUGAUCCCGGAGUACCCCACAUACCUGUUCCCCGACCCCGCCCUCCACCACCCCUGCUUCCAGCCCUACCUGCUGCAUGCCGGACUCCACGAGCAGGACAGGAACCAUCCAAUCCGGCCCUAUUUCCUGGACCACCAGAGGCCCCUCCUGCCCCGCCCAGUCUUCCCCACUCACACGCUCCUCCCCUUCCCGGAUCACCACUACAGGUACUACCACUCGCUCCACCAGGCCACGCCCUUUCCAUAUGGCCUCUACCGACCGGCCGAACAGCACCCGCCCUCCUUCCCCGAAACAGGGCCCCUCCCCCUGGAGGCCUAUGCGCGACACCUGGGGCCCGGAGAGUACGGGAUGUACCCUCACGCGUAUGCCCAAGCGGACCCCCACGGCCGACCCCCCAAAGACUGCGCGGGCAGCCGGGGGGGGCCUGCGGGGGCGGCCGGACAGGACCAGGGCGAAGGGAAGAGGCCCAGGAUGAGCCCCAAAGUGGGAUGCGCAGCCUCUGGGUCCCCCGACAGGCCCAGCGCCACCGACUUCACCCAAAAGGACCCCCGCGGCUCCCUCCAAGGGCCCACACAGCCUGCCUCUUCCCACCAAUCAGGGGACGGAAUUAUCACCGCUCAGCCAAUCGGACAGCCGGCCAUCCUGGAACCCUCACAGACAGAGGAUGAUGAGCACCAGUCAGACAGAUUGUCCGAGAGGCAAGCAGAGAUGUCUAAUUCUGCCCCAAAAGAGUCUGAGAAGAAGGAGGUGGAGGAAGAUGAGGAAGAUGAUGAGGACGAAGGAGACGAUAUGCUUCCACUCAACCUCUCCAAGAAGGACCAGGCUGUGGGUGAGCCGGCCGUUGACCUCCACAGCAGCAGGGGGAGCUCUCCCGCAGUGCAGAGCACGCCACAGGACAUGCCCCUGAACCUGUCCCUGAGGGCGUCACCUAGCCAUGCCCCCUGCGUUCCCCUCGCCCGCUCUCCUGCCCCCGAGGGCCUGGCCCACGGAUCCCCGGGGAUCAGAGUUCGCCGGCCGCCCCUUGACGACUGCCCCGGCGAUGUGGAGACGUGUGACGAGCAGAAGCAGACGGCAGCGUUUGCCCUCUGCCAGUUAGCCAGCUCCAGCCAGCGCAGCGCGAACGCCAAAUCCCCGCCCCACACGCGCUCCUCCGACUCGGGGAGCCCCGCCCCUGACCCGGGCGUCGCGGCAGCCAGUCCGCCGGAGCCGAGGGCCAGGGUCAAAGGUCAGAAGAGGUCCAAUAGCAGCGAUGUCGAUAAAAAUGCCCAGCAGCAGCAGACAAAGAGGAUCAAGACUUCACACCCCACUCGCACCCUGAGGAAGAGACCGCGCUGCUCCUGAUCGGCAGAGCGUCGGCCCAGCCACGGCCCAACUGGACCCAUGCACUCUAUUAAUGCCGCUUCCGGUCGGCAGGGCGUCGGACCGAUUAGAGACGAACACCACCGCUUCCUCUCAUUGACUCACUCCUGAUUGGGCCCGCAAGACUUGUGCCAAGCAAUGCCUUCCAGUGCAAACUGUUCAGUUGUUGGGGUUCAUUGGGGUGCUUCGUAAGCGAAUCACUAAGCACAGCUUGUGAAACUGGCCAAUGUGCAGACACAAAGGAAGCACAGGUGUCCAGUAAAACUCCAAGACUGUCACUGUUAACGUAAAAUAUUUUGUUAAGAAAGACCUUUUCUGAUUCAAAUGUAAUUGCUUAUGUGACAUGUUUGUGUGUUUGCCUGCAUUCUCUGAGACUUAAGAGGGCCUUGUCCACACACAGGACUAAUGGACUGCA